AUGGAGAUGGUCGGAGGUAUUCAAAUAUUUGAUGGAGAAGGAUAUGAAAUAUGGAGUAAAAAGAUGAAAACAUUGUUUCUCUCUUUAGAUUUAUGGGAUCUUGUACAACAUGGAUAUGAAGAAGAGGGUUUUGAAGAAAAUUCGAUGAUAAGGCUAAGAGAGUGUAAAAUAAAAGAUGCUAAAUGUCUCCUUAUCAUCCAACAAGGAGUAUCCAAUUCUAUAUUUCCGGUUAUCAUGGAAGCCAAGAAAUCAAAGGAAGCCUGGGAUGCUAUUACAAAUAAAUUUUACAUGCAGAGUUUAAAUCUCGUUGAGAUUGAUGAUAAUGAAACCGCGACCACGCGUAUUGAUCAAAUUGUGUCAAAAUCAAGAACUGUAUACCCCGACGAGAGAUGCAUAUUUAGGAUUCCUUAUUCACUGCGCAAUGGAAACGAGAAAUUCUAUGAGCCAACUGUUCUCGCCAUAGGGCCUUACCACAGAGGUAAACCUCGCCUAGAUUCCAUGGAGGAGCACAAGAUUCGCUACCUACAAGAAUUGCUCAAACGAACCGACGAGCAAAGCGUGGACCGUUAUGUCAAAGCCGUCAUGCCUGAGAUAGAGAAGGUGAGGAAAUAUUAUGUCGAACAUAUAGACGGUGUUUCGAGUGAUGAACUGAUCCAAAUGAUGGUGCUGGACGGAUGCUUCAUUAUCGAGUUUUUUCGUAGGUUUGAAAUGAGACAGAACAAAGUCAAGGAUGAUGACCCUGUGGUUUACUCUGAUAUCUUAUUACUUGCGUUGCGAAAGGACCUGUUAUUACUUGAGAAUCAAAUUCCAUUUUUCAUCCUCGAAAUCUUGUUCAACACGAUUAACAUGGCGCAUUUUCGUAUGAAACUCAAACCCAUGAUAUUAGUCUUCUUUGUUAAAAGGUUUGGAAAUGAAGGAUGGACAUCCAAAGACCAUGAUAAAUUAUUCAGUAAAAAUGUAAGUCAUUUGAUGGACUUUACCCACAAGAUUGCAUGCUUCGGUUUCUCGGAAAGCUCGCCGGCUAGUUCUUCAUCAAAUACUCAAAAUUGUUUCUUUGUGAACUCGGCCACAAAGCUUGAGGAAGCCAACGUCACGUUGAAAGCAUCAUUGAAAACAAAAAGCAUGUUUAACAUAACCUUUAGUGAAGGAGAGUUGCAAAUACCAAGUUUUGUUGUAGAUGAUAGCUCUGAAGUUGAAAUCCGAAACUUUCUUGCUUUCGAGUUGUGUCAACAAGCCGCCUUGCAAAGGCCCUUUUGUGAUUUUGCGGUCUUCAUGGAUCAUCUAGUUAUGUCAUCAGAUGAUGUGGUCUUACUUAUGCGUCGCGGAAUCAUCAACAAUAAUAUGAUAGAUGUCGAGUCUGUGGAUACUAUGUUUAAGAGGUUAACAAAUAGCAUCUUAGUUCCAGAUCCCUAUAUUUAUAAGGAUAUUUCCAUUGGCUUGAAGAAGUAUUGUGGACGUCCUUGGAACAGAUGGAGUGCAAGCCUAAAGCAGAAAUACUUCAACAGCCCUUGGGCAUUCAUAUCUUUUCUUGCUGCAUCGAUGCUCCUCGGCUUGACUGUCACACAAACCGUUUUUUCCAUAAUCUCUUAUAAGGUGACGAACUGA